AUGGAAAGGGACCACGAGUAUGGCAACAGCGAGGAUCAGAUUGCGGUUGGCGUGCAGAUCAUCCAGCGGGCGUUCCAGAGGAAGGUGAACAGCCUGGACCAGGAGAUCAAGAAGAUGGAGUUGACUUGUGAGGAGCACCGGGCCAACGUGGCAAGCCUGGACCGGAAGAACUCCGCUCUGCAGGUGGAGCUCGUGGAGACUAAAGAGCGCUGGGAGCAGCUGCAAGACGAGGAGAAGGAGCUCUACAAGACCCUGGGCUCGCUGAAGAAGCAGAUUCUGAGGCUGGAAAGUCUGAAGGCUGCCGUCCUGAAGGAAAUUCAGGAUGAUCAGCACAAGGAAGCAGAGCUUGGCGAGCUGAAAGCCCUGAUGAGCGACGAGUACUUCCGCGGCACGAUGCCUCUCACAGCUGGAGAGCUCGGCUAUGGCCACACGAGUGCAGCACCCUCCCGCCAUGAGGGCCUGAGAGCGCCCAAAUUCGGCACCCAGGCGACGUUUCCGCAGGCUCCAACCGAGCCGAUUGCGGCGGCACCUCCCCCGCUACAGGCGCCACCCAGGGAGGCCCCUCGCCCUGCGGCCAGUUCUCCCGUGGUGGACGGCAAGGCAUUCUUCAGGCUUGCCCGGACCAAGCUGCCGAUCGAGGACUUCAACAAGUUCCUGGCCAGCAUCAAACGGCUCAACAACCAGCAGCAGACGAGGGAGGAGACGUUGCGGGAGGCCAGUAUCAUCUUCGGCCCCGACCGAUCGGAUCUGUUCCGCGACUUCGAGACCUUACUCAGUCGCCAUGGAAUGUAG